GGAAUUUUGAAGUGUUCGACGCACUCUGAGUGAUGCCGAAAAAUAAAGGGAAAGGUGGAAAGAACCGUCGCCGCGGGAAAAAUGAGAACGAAAGCCAAAAGCGUGAACUGAUUUACAAGGAAGCUGGACAAGAAUACGCAAAAGUCGAACGACUACUUGGGAACGGACGCUUAGAAGCCUAUUGCUUCGACGGCGUGAAGCGGCUAUGUCACAUCCGCGGAAAGCUACGCAAAAAGCGUGAACUCCAACCAUGCGCUUCUACGCUGCUGCUUUUGCUUGCGCCUUUCAAGAACACGCAAAACGCACACACACGUGACUAUCAGAACCAGCUCCUUGAACGCCUGGCGGAAGGUCUGUUUGCGGUACAACCCAACCAGCCUCGUCCAAACAUUGCAUCUCUGAUCGGAGCGUGUCAUGCUGGAGAUCUGGUGACAGAUUCCUCCUGGUCUCAAACACAUCUCCACCUGACAUAUCACCCUUCGCCAGGUGAAACUGAGUUUCCGUGCAGAUCGCGAAGCUUGGUGGACUCGAAAGUUCGAAGAAAUGGAAGAUGUAAAGAUUGUUGGAAAUAUCUGAAAGCUGUUUCAAUUGGUCCGUUCGACUGUUCUUGGGAACCUCUUGUCAGCGAAAUAAUCAGAGACCAAAAGGGCUCCCCGAUAUGUAGCAAAGCGGAACGUUUGGACCGCUGGGCACGGUACUUUGAUCAGCGAUUCAGCUGGCCACCUGCGACCUCCCAUCCAGAAUCCUGGCCUUCAACAGAAAGGUGGGCGAUAGAUAUGGGGCCGCCUCCAACCUCAGAACUAUCCGAAUGUAUUUCUCUACCCAAGUGUCAUCGUGCAGCUGGUUCUGACGACCUUCCAUCUGCUCUUUUCAGGGAUGGCGGUGGGCCUUUCAGCCCAUCCCCAUCUAGCCUAGUUGGGUCUAUCUGGGUGAAGGCGACCGUUUCAGACAAUUGGGGGGAAUCGAUUAUAGUACCCAUUUCCAAAAAGGUGUGGAUCAGCAACGGUGAUAUUAUUCUCGUCGGUUUGAGGGACUACCAGGACAAAAAGGCUGAUGUGAUCAUGAAGUACUUAAACGACGAAGCUCGAACUUUGAAAUCACUGGGCGAAAUUCCAGACACCGUGAAGUUGGAGGAAAAUAACGACAUCGAAUUCGAUGCAAACGCAGCUUUGUUUGAAGAGGAUGGUGAAGAUGACGCAUCCGGGUCGGAUGAAGACGAGGAAGACGACUCAAACGAUGAGGAUGAAGAUAGUGACGACUCUGACGAUGUCGCAAAGAAUAUUCAUCGUUACCGGUCCGAUUACGGGACGGGCAAGGAUAUGCGCAACAAUCGUCGGAGAUGAGCUCUACCCGAAAUUUGUUCGUUCUCCCUUCGUACAGUUCCCUGUAUUCCUGCCGACUGAUCUGCAUCACCUAUUUGAGGUUAUUUCACGAUUUCUCUCCAUUGUUACCGUACCAGUCUGACUUAGAGUUUGACUUGUAUGCAUGCCCAUCUUUACUGGGUUGUAAAAAGCAGACGCUGCAUAUUUUCGUUAGGCCUUAUAUGCCCACUUACUUCGCGUUCUGGUUCUACGAGAUAAUGCAAUGCAGUCAUUGACUCGUUUAUCUGUUAACAGGGUUUUAUGUGCCAUCUACGGUUUGUUUCUGACGAACUAUGUCUCUGGGCUCACUCAUCCCGCUUCUGUUUGUUCACAAUUUUGUAAACAUGUCCGCAUGAACAACUCACUUUUCAUGAUUGACAGUCUGCGAGACUCGAUGGCUUUCUCUACAUACUUCACACAACAGCAUUAGUCACUAAAUUCCUUCACUGUGUCCAACUAUGUGACCAUAUAUGGCCGGCGGAUCAGUUUCACAAUAAAUGGGAUUAUUGUCAGCUCCAAGCC